AUUAGCCGUGGUCUCCAGGCUGGUCAUGCGGUGGUGAUCAACCCAGAGUAGCCAUUAGCCGUGGUCUCCAGGCUGGUCAUGCGGUGGUGAUCAACCCAGAGUAGCCAUUAGCCGUGGUCUCCAGGCCUGUCAUGCGGUGGUGAUCAACCCAGAGUAGCCAUUAGCCGUGGUCUCCAGGCUGGUCAUGCGGAUGUCCAGUGCCUUGUGGUUGGAUCUAGUCUGUUCAGUGGCAGUUUUCAGCUCCUCUCUCAGCUGGCUAGCCUAGUUUCGUAGCUCUGACGACUGUAUAUCCGUCCAUUUUGUCAAUUAAUUCCUGCUUCAUUUCAGUUAAUGCCUGUAGAACAGCUUCUUGUCCAGUCGUCUCGGCUGUGCAUUGGUCAGUUGUUGGUGUAGAUUCAUGGUCCUUGGCUAGGCUAGCUGGUCUGUUAGAAUUAGCCCUAGGCUGAUUCUUGCGGUUGGUGCCUGACAUCUUCGACAAAAACGUGACAUUAAGCCUUAAAAUGGAGUCUCAGGUUGUAGAGGGGUAUUUUGAUCCAAAUUAAAAUUGUAUUUGAUUUUACCAGGCAAGUCAGUUAAUAACAAAUUCUUAUUUACAACGAUCCUGGACGACUCUGGGCCAAUUGUGCUCCACCCUUUGGGACUCCUAAACACGGCCAGUUGAGAUACAUCCUGGAAUCAAACCAGGGUCCGUAGUAACGCUCUAGCACUGAGAUGUAGUACCUUAGACCGCUGCGCCACUCGGGAGCCCCGAAAUACAAUCUGCCCAAAUAUUUAAAUGUUCUGUUGAGGAGCUCAGAAAAGUACAUCCUCACAUGGCGCCGCUCCCUCAUCGCCCCUCAGGGUAUUUGGGGAUUAACAACAUUUUUGUUAUUGUAUAUGAUGAUGAUGGUGGUACUGUAUCCUCCCCUCCCGCAUUCAUUUCCCACAAUGGACUUCUCCCCCAGUUCACUACCCGUCCAGUAGGUGGCGGUAAUACGCCAAUAGGCGUAGUCUGACAUUAAACCUUAAAGAAGAAGACAACAAAGUAGCCUAACUGUUCUGUUGUAGCCGACCACAUUUCAUGUCUUACAAAGAAACAAUAGCUUCCACAAUGGAUCGGGACAACGCUAGCCCGUUCCCCUGCACCCUCCCGGAGUCCCCGUGUCAAACGCCUCCCAGUUCCGCUUUACUGCGGGGUCUGGUCGACUGCAGGAAAACACCAGGGCAGAGUGGGACUGAGACAGGAGAAAAGAAGGAAGAUGGAGAAUUAAUUUCAUUAAGUAAGAACCAUGGGGACAGCCCUAACCGUUGCUCUCUCAGUGGGAGGGGCUUAUCAUCUGCGGAGCCUCGACAACAUCAUGAUGCUGACAAGAAAGAGUUGAGUCUCUCCAGACCAGAACACCUCAAGAAACACCAGCAGAAACCUCACCACUGCUGCUUUGACUGUGGGAAGAGUUCUGCUAAACAGAGGGAAUUGGUCAUUUACAAGCAGAUUAACACUGGGAGGAAAAUGUACCACUGCUCUCAGUGUGGGAAGAGUUUUGCUGCAUCUAAAACCUUACAAUCUCAGAGAAGUCAUACAGGGGAGAGGCCUUACCCCUGCUUUGAUUGUGGGAAGAGCUUCAGUCAAUCAGGAGCCCUGACUACACACCUACGCAUACACACAGGAGAGAAGCCUUAUAGCUGUGAUCAGUGUGGGAAGAGCUUUGCUCUAUCCGGAAACCUGAGUACCCACCAGCGUGUACACACAGGAGAGAAGCCUUAUAGCUGUGAUCAGUGUGGGAAGAGUUUCAACCAAUCAGGAAACCUGACUACGCACCAGCGUGUACACACAAGAGAGAAGCCUUAUAGCUGUGAUCAGUGUGGGAAGAGCUUUGCUCUAUCCGGGAACCUGACUAGACACCAGCGCAUACACACAGGAGAGAAGCCUUAUAGCUGUGAUCAGUGUGGGAAGAGUUUCAAUCAAUCAGGAGAACUGACUAGACACCAACGCAUACACACAGGAGAGAAGCCUUAUAGCUGUGAUCAGUGUUGGAAGAGCUUUGCUCUGUCCGAAGACCUGACUAGACACCAGCGCAUACACACAGGAGAGAAGCCUUAUAGCUGUGAACAGUGUGGGAAGAGCUUCAUGGAUUCAGGUAGUCUGACUAGACACCAGCGCAUACACACAGGAGAGAAGCCUUAUAGCUGUGAUCAGUGUGGUAAGAGCUUCAUGGAUUCAGGAAGUCUGACUAGACACCAGCGCAUACACACAGGAGCAAAGCCUUAUAGCUGUGAUCAAUGCGGGAAGAGUUUUGCUCAAUAUUCCACUCUGACUGCACACCAACGCAUACACACAGGAGAGAAGCCUUAUAUCUGUGAUCAGUGUGGGAAGAGCUUCAAUCGUUCAGGAGCCCUGACUACACACCAACGCAUACACACAGGAGAGAAGCCUUAUAGCUGUGAUCAGUGUGGGAAGAGCUUCAAUCAUUCAGGAGCCCUGACUAGACACCAGCUCACACACACUGGAGAGAAACCUUACUCUUGUCUAUGUGGGAAGAGCUUUGCUCGUUCAGGGUCACUGAAACAACACCAGAAAGCAUCUCCCUCCUACAGCACCGGUUACAGAUAUCUAAAUGAAAUUUCAAUAGAAAACAUAUUGUAAAGAGUCAUCCAUCUCCCAUUCGCUAACGGUUUACUAAGUCUGAUUACCAAGGUAACCUGUGUAGCAUGAUAUGCAGCUCUGGAUCCGUAUGUAUCAAGCGUCUUGGAGUAGGAGUUCUGUAUCUUAUUUCAUUAACUCCUAUUGUCCAUUAAAUAAUGUAGAAUAAUGUUUCAACAAUUGUAGGUUCAUAUUAAUGUGUGAGGGAAAUGUUGUCUGAAGAAAGAGCCUUGAAUUGUACAUCUUGUCUCAUACAAUUAUUGGUUCCUGUUGGUGCUGGGUAGAGAUGUGAGGGGGAGACAGUCAUGACCCCUCAGACCUUUUGGCAGAAUAUGUUCAAUAAGUUAAGAUAGGAGACAGUGCCAGUCACAUGCAGGAACCAAACGUCAAUGAUGAAUUAAUUAUGAAUAAUGUAAAUCAUGCAAAUAUAACUUGUCUGUGUAAGAAGUAUAUAAGAGAACUAACGGGACUGCCCCGAAAGAGCUCCAGACCGUACUCUGGUGUUUUAAGUUUGUUGGAACCUCUCCAGCUUCCUGAUAAUAAAUCAUUAUUCAUUUAAGUUUU